CGUAAUUUUUAAGAAUUUACGAAAAAUUAUAAUUAAAAAACACAAUUAAAAUGGUUUUGGACAUUUAUCAGGACCUGCAAGGUCAUGCAACGAUCAAUAACAUCCUGAAUAAUUGGAAAAACAUCGAUAGCACGUCGAAAAAUAAGGCAAUUAUGGAUUUAAUUAUCAACAUGACCGGGUUUCAGUAUGAAAUGACGAGCGAAGAGGUUGAAAUGGCAGAAAAUCCAACGAAAUAUCAGGAAAUUGUCGGAAAAGUCAUUGAAACGGAUUUUGACCACAAAAAACGGAUUAUCGGACAUCCAGAGAAGAAAAAAAUUGUCCAAAGAUUCGAUUCUUUCGCCGAAUCGCUGGUUAAGACAUUCGACAAUAACACCGCAAGGGAUUGGAUGAACUCGAUGAUCAAAUUUACCGAUGAAUUGAUGAAAAAUAAGUACAAAAUGUCGGAUUUGGUGAUGAUUGCUUCGUUUAUUCGAGUGAUUUUUUUGAAACAUUUGAUGGCUUUACGGGCUCGUUGUGAACGCGAACAGGAGUUUCUUUCGAGUCAUGCAGCAACGAUGAGUCUCUUACUGACUUUUGUAAGACACUUUUUGGCUCAUUUACGAUCGGUUUGUCGUUCAAAGACUUUCAUGAACUUUAUGUGGACGUUGGAUUGUCACUUUUUCGUCAAUAUCCGGAAUUUUUGAUACUGGAUUGGAACCAAUUGGAGGUUUUUGAGGAGUUUUUUGCCGUACAAAAUGCUAAAACGGUCUCUCAGAGCUUUGAGACGCUGCGUGCGUUGAUGGAAGGAACUGAUAUUGAAGAUGACGAGACCAAAGAAGACAUUCGCAUGGAAAUUUCAGAGUUUUUUGAGAAUUAUUUGGAUACGUUGUUCAUCGAUAUGGUCUUGAAUGUACGAGUUAACGUGUCUAAAGAAGCUUUUUUGUUGCUGAUUUUGGUGCAAAAAUUUCGUGGCGCGACGUCGAUCGUCAAAGACAAGGAGUCGCUGGAGAGUAUUUGUAACUCGUUCAUGCGUGACAGCAAAGUUAUUCGAGCAUUGGCGAUGGAUUUCAUGCGAUUAGUGAUGAAACCGGACAAAAUAUUGACUUUUAUCCUCGAAUGUUUGGACAAAUACGUCGUUUCAGUGUCGGAAAUUCUAGAAUCCAUCUUCGAUCGUGAAAUUUUCGCCCAAUGGAAGCUCUAUGGGGACUUUUUGGAUGCAGCUCGUAACAAAAAACGCUCGGUUAAUGUCGUAACUCAAAUUAUUCGACAAUCGUUGGUGCUUUUGACGAAAGAAUAUCAAGAAUACGAACAAAAUAAUCCGAACGAAGAAAUUUUGCAUGAUGCAAAAAUCGAUAUUUUGGAAUUUUUGAGGAUUUUUCCGAAAUUUUUGUACGUUUAUCGCGUGACGGCGCCAAAUCCAGAAAGUUACACAAAAAUCCUCAAGACAGUUGAUGCCGUGAACUUUGCCGAUGUAGCGAACGAUGUGACCGAAAUUUGUUUGGAAAAUCUCGUAAAAGAACUUUUUGCUGGAAUUGAGAAUUUUGAGGUGUUUCCCGUAAUUGACGCUGUCACAACGGCACUUUUGAAGCUGGAGGCUCAUUUCGAGCUGCAAGACGCAAUUUUGGACCCUUUGAUGUACUAUUCGGGCGUUUUUGCGCAAAUAACGGAAAUCGAAGACGAAAAAGCCUACAAACGAGCGACUUACUUCGUGUAUUCGUGUCUCGCGACAAAACCAACGUUACUGGAGGACAAAAUUUACGAAGAUGUGUUCACGGAUUUCUUCGAAACGAUGACAGAUGACGAGAUUUUGGAGAAAGUUGGUGUGCGGUGUGCCGUUCUUGCAGUUGUAGCGCAAAUUUUGACGAGAUGCUUCAAGAUUGUCGUCAAAAAGGGGGAAGGAAGACUCAGUUUGGAUGAAAUUGAAGCCGCUAUGAAGGUAGUUUUGCAGAAAAUGCGCGCGCAAAUGACCAAAACCACGGAAUCGCGCGUCGUGGUGCUCAGUGACAUGAAAAUUAUCAUGAUAAAUGCGGCAAAUCUCAUGCAUUAUCUGACAUUUCGCAAUCACGAAGCCGAAAUUUUCACAUCGACCUUUUCGUGCAUCGUAAAAUUGACGGAAAUGAUUCUCACGGUGCACGAUAUCCAACCAUUUUUCCAAAUUUUUAAGGAUUUCUACGAUGUUCACUACCAAAUAAUCCAAAAUCACGAAGAAAUUGUCCUCAUUUUGCGCCAUUUUGGACAACCAACGUUGCAAAAGCACAUUCCGACCUUUGCCCAGGUCCUUUUGAUCCCCCAUUCGCGCGAUCUGACACCCGACAAGAAAUAUUUUCGCAGUUUGAUUGUCAAAACGAUCAUUUUAAUCGCGAAUGAGGCAAAUAUCACGCUUUUUUGGACAGCUUUUCGGCAUUUUUUGACAGUCGUGUUGAAAUUGAAGUCGAAGGAUUUUCUAACUUUUGUCGCUAACAUGACUUUUGAGAUUUUGCAGCAGCAACUUUUAGUGCCGCAAGUGCCUGAGAUGACAAAUCGCUUUCAAAUCUUGCGAAUGAUGACGGAAAUUGUGGAAGAUAUGAGAAAAAGUCCGGCAGUGAUGACGUCAGUAAUCGAGGGUUUUAGUCAGAUGCAGCGGAUGCACCAACAGGACUUUACGGAAGAUGAAAAUCAGGAGAUUAAAGAGUUUAUGAAGGAGUUGGGAGGCAGUAAAAGUCGUCGAGUAACACGAACUCUGCGGGAUGAAUCAUAAAUUUUGUAUUUUUUUUUCUUUACAAAGAUCAUUAAAAUGAAAAAUGAGUAAAAUUUUCAAAAAAAAAUAGUUUUUUUUAAAGAAAAUUAAUAUUCAUGAUUGCCAUUUUGCGAGAAAA